AUGCCUUUAGGCCUCCAUAAGCACGGCGACGAUCAUCGGCGCAUGUCGCUGAGCAGGAAAUCGGCAGACGAAGGGAGUGCAGAAGCAGCUGGUGGUGACGAUGAAACGGUGGUGGAACCGGAUCAGGGAAAUGUACUGUCACAUAUCAUAUCACAACUGCGGCCAGGCGCAGACCUGAACAAAGUCACAUUACCUACAUUCAUCCUAGAACCGAAAUCUAUGCUGGAACGGAUAACGAACUUCAUGGCACAUCCUGAAACUCUCCUUCCUAUGCCCGAAAUCGAAGAUCCAACACAGCGUUUCGUUUCCGUCGUCAAAUUUUACUUGAGCGGCUGGCAUAUCAAACCACCGGGCGUGAAGAAACCUCUCAAUCCGAUUCUCGGCGAAACAUUUACCUGUUGUUGGGACUACCCGGAUCAUACUCGAGGAUACUACAUAUCAGAGCAAACAUCACAUCACCCUCCAAAGUCCAGCUAUUUCUUCAUGGCACCUGAACACAACAUACGGAUAGAUGGGGCAUUGAAGCCGAGAAGUAAAUUCUUGGGCAACUCAGCUGCAAGUUUGAUGGAGGGCGUAGGUGUUCUACGGUUCAUGAACCGUGGCAGAACACAAGGCGGAGAGAGAUACUUCCUCACGCAGCCGAAUAUGUACGCACGUGGAAUACUAUUCGGAAAGAUGAAGUACGAAUUGGGCGACCACAGUUUCAUUAAAUGUCCUGAGAAUGGCCUGAUGGCAGACAUCGAGUUCAAGACCAAAGGAUACUUUGGUGGGACCUACAACGCAAUAGGCGGGAACAUCAAGAACGAAAAGACCGGAGAGACUUUAUUCGAGCUAUCAGGCAUGUGGAGUGGCGAGAUGGUAUUGAAGGAUGUCAGGACUGGACAUAAAGAAGUUCUCUUCAAUGCGUCACAUGCGAAGCACACGCCUCCAGUUAUACGACCAAUUGAAGAACAAGAUGAGCGGGAGUCGCAGAGGCUGUGGCUUAAGACCGUGAUAGCCAUCAAGGAGUCAAAUCAUAUUGCUGCGACAGAGGAGAAGUCGAAAGUAGAAGACAGACAACGAGAUGAGACCGCAAAGAGAGCGGAGCAGGGAAUUGAGUGGCAACCAAAACUUUUCCGGCCAGUUCGUGGAGGGCCUGGUGGACCAGAAGAAGGAGAAGAAGACCUGGAUUGGAUACUAAACGCGAAUAUCGAUGGUGCUACUCCCGAAGAAAAAACCAAGCAGAUACUUGCCAUCGCUCCAAUACUCAGAGGUCAGCAACACAACCAGCAGAGCAAGGCUUCCCAGCCUCAGCAAAACCAAGAGAACACACAACCACCAAGUCAGCCACAGCAGCAGGCGGUAGCCCACGACGAUUUGAUCGAUUUCGGCCAGUCAAACCCAGCCCCAAGUACGUCUGCGGCAGUAGGACAGAGUAAUCCAAUGCAGUUUCAGCCAAAUGCACCCCCAGGGAUGCAAGCGCCACUACAGCCGGGCCAUCCGAUCAAGCGUGUCGACACGAAAACAAACGAUUUUGAUGAAUUCGUCGACGCACCAGGUUAUUAG